GGUGAAGGCUUUGUAGAGUUCAGAAAUGAGGCCGACUAUAAGGCUGCUCUGUGUCGUCAUAAACAGUACAUGGGCAAUCGCUUUAUUCAAGUUCAUCCAAUUACUAAGAAAGGUAUGCUAGAAAAGAUAGAUAUGAUUCGAAAAAGACUGCAGAACUUCAGCUAUGACCAGAGGGAAAUGAUGCUAAAUCCAGAGGGGGAUGUCAACUCUGCCAAAGUCUGUGCCCACAUAACAAAUAUUCCAUUCAGCAUUACGAAGAUGGAUGUUCUUCAGUUCCUAGAAGGAAUCCCAGUGGAUGAAAGUGCUGUACAUGUUCUUGUUGAUAACAAUGGGCAAGGUCUAGGACAGGCAUUGGUUCAGUUUAAAAAUGAAGAUGAUGCACAUGGCCCACUGCGUGACCUUGGUUCAGCUGUCCAUUUCCUGUGACCAUCUCAUUGACAAGGACAUCGGCUCCAAGUCUGACCCACUCUGCGUCCUUUUACAGGAUGUGGGAGGGGGUAGCUGGGCUGAGCUUGGCCGGACUGAACGAGUGCGGAACUGCUCAAGCCCUGAGUUCUCCAAGACCCUACAGCUUGAGUACCACUUUGAGACAGUUCAGAAGCUACGCUUUGGAAUCUAUGACAUAGACAACAAGACACCAGAGCUGGGGGAUGAUGACUUCCUAGGGGGUGCUGAGUGUUCCCUAGGACAGAUUGUGUCCAGCCAGGUACUGACUCUCCCCUUGAUGCUGAAGCCUGGAAAACCCGCUGGGCAGGGGACCAUCACGGUCUCAGCUCAGGAGUUGAAGGACAAUCGUGUAGUGACCAUGGAGGUAGAGGCCAGAAACCUAGAUAAGAAGGACUUCCUGGGAAAAUCGGAUCCAUUUCUGGAGUUCUUCCGCCAGCGUGAUGGGAAAUGGCACCUGGUGUACAGAUCUGAGGUCAUCAAGAACAACCUGAACCCUACAUGGAAGCGUUUCUCAGUCCCUGUUCAGCAUUUCUGUGGUGGGGACCCCAGCACACCCAUCGAGGUGCGAUGCUCAGAUUAUGACAGUGACGGGUCACAUGAUCUCAUCGGUACCUUCCACACCAGCUUGGCCCAGCUGCAAGCAGUCCCGGCUGAGUUUGAAUGCAUCCACCCUGAGAAGCAGCAGAAAAAGAAAAGCUACAAGAACUCUGGAACUAUUUGUGUCAAGAUUUGCCGGGUAGAAACAGAGUAUUCCUUUCUGGACUAUGUGAUGGGAGGCUGUCAGAUCAACUUCACUGUGGGCGUGGACUUCACUGGCUCCAAUGGAGACCCCUCCUCACCUGACUCCCUACACUACCUGAGUCCAACAGGGGUCAAUGAGUACCUGAUGGCACUGUGGAGUGUGGGCAGCGUGGUUCAGGACUACGACUCAGACAAGCUGUUCCCUGCAUUUGGAUUUGGGGCCCAGGUUCCCCCUGACUGGCAGGUCUCGCAUGAAUUUGCCUUGAAUUUCAACCCUGGUAACCCCUACUGUGCAGGCAUCCAGGGCAUUGUGGAUGCCUACCGCCAAGCCCUGCCCCAAGUUCGCCUCUAUGGCCCCACCAACUUUGCACCCAUCAUCAACCACGUGGCCAGGUUUGCAGCCCAGGCUGCACAUCAGGGGACUGCCUCGCAAUACUUCGUGCUGUUGCUGCUGACUGAUGGUGCUGUGACCGAUGUGGAAGCCACACGUGAGGCUGUGGUGCGCGCCUCAAACCUGCCCAUGUCAGUGAUCAUUGUGGGUGUGGGUGGUGCUGACUUUGAGGCCAUGGAGCAGCUGGAUGCUGAUGGUGGACCCCUGCAUACACGUUCUGGGCAGGCCGCUGCCCGCGACAUUGUGCAAUUUGUACCCUACCGCCGGUUCCAGAAUGCCCCUCAGGAGGCAUUGGCACAGACUGUACUCGCAGAAGUGCCCACACAACUGGUCUCGUACUUCAGGGCCCAGGGUUGGGCCCCACUCAAGCCACUUCCACCCUCAGCCAAGGGUCCUGCACAGGUCCCCCAGGCCUAGGUCCCCUUGGAGGCUGUGGCAAGUCCUGAAUCCUGUGUUCCAGAGGUCCCUCGGGGCCACAACCCAACCCAACCCUUCACACUCUCCUCAGUGCUAGCACUUUGUAUUUUUUGAUACUUUUAUACUCAUUUCUGCUUUUGCUGCUCUUGAUCCCACCUGCUUGCUCCUGACAACCUUCAUUCAAUAAAGACCAGUGAAGACCAA